AUGCCCAAGGUUAAGAGCUAUUCGGCAGCUUGGCUGUCUAGCAACGCUCCCGGCCACCGUCUCUUUGAGCAACCGCCUGAAGGUUCCAAGUCUCGUGGAUUGGAGUCGACCUACCCUUCCAAGAAGAAGCACAUUCCCGGUCCGCGCAGGACAAUUGCUCGCCGAGGCACCGAAGUCUUUGUCGCUGUUGGUCGUGAAAUUCGCUGGGGCGAUCUUGCGUACUUGAAGGAUGAAUGGGCGAAUCGUCAUUCAAAGGGCAGAUCGUCGCAAGGCGUCCGUAUCAAGCGUGAGGACUCUACACAGUCGCUUGAUGACGAUAACCUAGAGAACACCGCUGGGUUAAGGACGAUCAAAACGCCUGUUGCAGACGAUAUUCGACAGCUCGUUAUUUCACCGAACUCGAACUUCUUGGCCAUUCUCACCACCCACACUAUCCAUAUCUGCGUCCUGCCAGACCCGUCGCAUCUUACUAGUGAAGAUACCGGCCCUCUGAAGCCCAAGAUCUUCACUCUCGGGCCUACUACUCAUGUCACGUCGCGUUCUCCAAUCGCAUCGGCCAUAUGGCAUCCUUUGGGAGUCAGCGGCUCGUGCAUUGUCACAACCACCGCGGACGCUAUCGUUCGUGUUUGGGAACUGUCCACUACCGAUCGAUGGUCAUUCGACACACCUAGUACGUCUGUCGACCUGAAGAAGCUGGUAGAUGGUACAACUCUGGAUCAGGAUUUCUCUGCUUCAACAACGAAUACAAAUACGGCCUUCUCACCCGAUUCAUUCGAUAUGGAGGUGGCUGCUGCGAGCUUCUCUACUAAAGGGGCCGGAGGCUGGAACCCGAUGACUCUGUGGAUUGCGAUGAGAGAGGGAGACGUUUACGCUCUAUGUCCUCUGCUUCCCCAAAAAUGGGCACCCCCUCCGACGCUCAUACCCUCUCUGUCAGUGUCUAUUGUCACCACAGUAGCCAGCAUUGAGGAUGAUCCUGAGGUUGGCGAGCAGGAGAAACUGCUCGCCCAGCAACAAUUGGAGUGGAUGGGCGAGCUGGAUUCCCAAGAGCCAGCAAUUAUGGAAGGACCAAUUGGAGAGCCCAUUACGGAGAUUUACACACGACCGAGCCGUCCCGGCAUCAUCCCUCGCUUGCAGGGACCAUUUGAGCUCCAAUCGGAUCCUGAUACUGGCGAUGAGCUAGAUACUUCGGUCACUGAUAUGCUUGUAAUUGGGAAAAAGACCGAAACCGAAGAGCUCAUGAUGGGAGAGGAAGAGGAUCUCGAUAUGGACGACGGGGAUCAAGAGGGUCUUUCCCUUGCCGUGAUUUGCUUGCUGUCAACGAGCGGCCAAGUCCGUGUAUACCUUGAUCUUGAAGGCAUUCAAGCCCAAUGGCUUCCACCGAAAAACAAGAACAAACUUGGCCGACUCCUUGCUGAGUCCGACCCUCCUUCCCUUCUUUCCUUCCAGGCCAUCGACACCAUGAGCCCUGUAGAAGUCAACGAGGAUAAUUGGCCAGUCUUCAGUACUGAUGUCACAUCCCGUUACAGCUUCUUCGUCACUCAUCAUGCUGCUAUCACAUACAUAUCGCUUACCUCUUGGAUCUUUCGGCUUGAGAGUGAGCUAAACGCAGACUCCGAAGCAGGAACCGAUUUCCGAAUCGGCCUACUCGUCAACUCCCAGUCGAUAAGGGAUCGAAUCUACUCUCAACCUACCGCCGACGUCGCAGUGCCCUUGGCUGCGUGCAAUAUCUUGCGGGACCCUGAUGUUGGCUACUUCCUCCUUUCAGCAACCCCCUACGAGCCCAUCGCCCUGACUUUUGACACGCCUGAGGCUGAUCUUGCGCCGAUCCGUCAGGAUAGCCCAACUUAUGACCGCGAAACCAGCAUGGCGCCAUUGGACUUUUAUGAACCCCGUCCCGUUUUCAACCCAUCACAUGCAUUCGAUGAGGGUUCUGCUUUGCCUACUCUGCUAGAGAGGCUCCGUACAUCUCGGCAUAAGACAAUCGUUAACCAGGAAGUACGACUAAGCCCGCUUACACUGCAAAUCUUUACCGAUGCGCACAAGGUCUUGGCAGACGAGACAUAUCGCCUUGGGAUGGCUGCGGCAGAAGUUUUCCGGCGAUGCGAACUCCUUCAGAGUGAACUUAAACAACAAGUUAUGAAAGCCAAUGAAGUAAAGGGAAGGACUGACGCUAUCAACGGGCUGCACCGUGAUGGCGAGGCGGACAACGCCAUGUAUGAUCGGCGUAUUGCAACAGCGAAAGAUCGUCAGGGCCAGCUCAUGGAGCGCCUGGAAAAUCUGCGCAAGAUUGUAGGUAAGGCGACAACACGCGACUUGAGUGCUAAGGAGCGUGCUUUUGUGGAGGAAGUUAGGUCGAUGGAAAUAAGCAUCGCGGCUCCAGAGUACGCGGAGUUGGCUGCGGGCAAGGCGGCACCAUCACCUGCGCAGGCUAAACAAUUGUGGAAACGUCUGGAAGAUAUCAAGCACCUGAAGACCGAUCUUGCAGUUGAGGUGGAGGCAAUGAGCAAGGCGGCAGGGGAUACGGAUGGACCCGCUACACCAUCGGCCGAGUUACGGAUCCCACAUGAGGUUCGCAGGGCCAAGAUGCAACAGGUGCAAGGGUUGCUAUCCAGAGAGACAGCUCUGGUGGAAGCUGUCACUGCACGACUAGAACGACUACAAACCAGCCUUUAA